UUCAAAGAAAGGAAGGAAGGAAGGAAGGACAACUCCCAGCUUCCCCUCCCGCCCGCCCGCUCCGGCGGCUGGGCCGGGCCAUGCCCAGGAAGGCGGCGGCGGCGGCGGCGGCCCCGGCGAAGGGACUUUCCUGGCAGCCCGGCCCCGAGGAGCGUGCGCUGUGAGUUGGCGGCGCCCGGUUCAUGGUUCCUGCACGUCCUCCCGGAGGCCGGAGGCCCAACGCCGCAGCCCCAUCCCGCGCCUGGAAGAGCCUCCUGCGUCCCCCAGCCCGUGGGCCCGCCCCGCGCCCCCGCCGCCGCCGGCCCGCGCCCUCCGCCCGCGGCGGUGGAUGGCAUGAUGGUGCGGGGACGGCACCGCGGCCCCGGCCAGCUGAGUCGCGACGGCCGCGCGGGCGGCGGCAGGGACAGCGGCAGCGGCGGCGGUAGCGGGGUCCCCAGCGGCAUGCCAGUGCCCCCCGGGCGCCAUGGCUAGCGGCAGCGCGGGGAAGCCCAGCGGCGAGGCGGCGGCUUCUCCGGCUCCUACGAGCGGCGCCGUCGGGGGGACCAGCUCACAGCCGCGGAAACGGCUGGUGGCCGUGUGUGACCAGUGCAAGGGCAAGAUGCAGCUGGUGGCCGACCUGCUCCUGCUGUCCAGCGAGGCCCGGCCCGUGCUCUUCGACGGCCUGGCCUCCUCCUCUUCCUCCUCCUCUUCCUCCUCCUCCUCCUCCGCUGCCGUCGGUGCCGGCGCCGCCGCAGAGUCCUUCGAGCAGUGCCGGGACACCAUCAUCGCGCGCACCAAGGGGCUGUCCAUCCUCACCCACGACGUGCAGAGCCAGCUGAACAUGGGCCGCUUCGGCGAGGCGGGGGACAGCCUGCAGGAGCUGGGCGACCUGGUGGUGUCGCUGACCGAGUGCUCGGCGCACGCGGCCUACCUGGCGGCCGUGGCCACGCCGGGGGCCCAGCCCGCGCAACCGGGGCUGGUGGACCGUUACCGGGUGACGCGCUGCCGGCACGAGGUGGAGCAGGGCUGCGCCACGCUGCGCGCCACACCGCUGGCCGACCUGACCCCGCAGCUGCUGCUCGAGGUGUCGCAGGGCCUGUCGCGCAACCUCAAGUUCCUGACGGACGCGUGCGCCCUGGCCAGCGACCGGUCGCGGGACCGCUUCGCGCGCGAGCAGUUCAAGCUGGGCGUCAAGUGCAUGAGCACGAGCGCGUCGGCGCUGCUGGCCUGCGUGCGCGAGGUCAAGGCGGCGCCCAGCGAGCUGGCCCGCGGCCGCUGCGCGCUCUUCUGCGGGCCCCUGGCGCAGGCGGUGGGCGCGCUCGUGGGCUUCGCCACGGAGCCGCAGUUCCUGGGGCGCGCCGCCGCCCUGAGCGCCGAGGGCAAGGCGGUGCAGACGGCCAUCCUGGGCGGCGCCAUGAGCGUGGUGUCGGCCUGCGUGCUGCUGACCCAGUGCCUCAGGGAUCUGGCGCUGCACCCCGAAGGCGGCGCCAAGAUGACGGACCACCGGGAGCGGCUGCGGCACUCGGCCUGCGCCGUGGCCGAGGGGUGCGCGCUGCUGUCUCAGGCUUUGAGGGAGAGGUCUUCGCCCAGGACUUUACCGCCAGUGAAUUCCAAUUCUGUGAAUUAGCACCCCCCACCCCCCCCCUCCCCACCCCCUC